AUUAUUGAUAGAAACAUAAUAUCUUCAAAAAAUGACACUUCACGAAGCCACUGGAAAUGUCUCGCUGGACUGGCCUUCAUUAAACUUCUCCCAGUCAGAAGAUGGUUGCCAUUGGGUGGUACCUCAACAUUACCUGUUUCAGAUGGCUAACAGCGUGUUGCUUGGAGCCCUGGCAAGUCCUGCUUCUAAACAUGGAACACUCUUCAUGCAUUCAUGCUUUGUUCUAGGCUUCUUGCUGUUGUCCAUUUGGUCAUGGGUAAUACUGUGCGCUCCCGAUUACUUCUCCUGGAAUUUCAGCUUUAUGGUGAUAAAUGCUGUUCAGGCCCUAGUUAUUCUGUACAACAUCAGACCUGUCAAAUUCUGUGAUGAUCUGGAAGAUGUUUACGUCACGGUGUUUCAGCCUCUUAGAGUCCCCAGGCAUCUCUAUAAGAAGCUGGUCUCUCCUGACUACUGCACCCUAGGAAUGCUUCACGAAGGGGAAGUUUAUGCCAGUCAGGGGAUAAGUAAAAUAGACAGACUGGGUCUACUUAUAGCUGGAAGGAUGUCAGUGUAUAGUAGUCAUCAGGAACUUCAUCAAGUCCAGGCUAAGGAAUUCAUAGAUUCUCCGGAAUUCGAAUCAGCCAUAUCUGGAGACGACAAAUAUCAGGUGUCAAUAGUUGCUGUUUCGACAUGUCGGUACAUAUUCUGGCAGCGGAGCGGUUUGGAGUACCUGUUGAUUAAGGAGCCUUACCUUGCUAGCCUUUUGAGGGCGGUCUUGGGAAGAGAUAUCACCAACAAGUUAUACUCCAUUAAUGACAAGCUUGUCAAGAAUAAAGGAUCCCGAAUGGACAUACGACUUCCGAGUAUCUCAGCUGUGGCGCGAGGGCGGCACUGUCAUGAUGACGUCAUUGAAAAGGGCAUAGAACGGAAAACUUCUCUGUAUGGGACAAAGCUUGGGGACACACUGGGACAUAUUGAGCGGGAAGAAUCUUCAGAAGGGCAAACAGAUGUUACUGAGAAAACCGAACUACUGAAUGGAGUAAAGGAUCAUCAGAGUAAAAGAUUUGCUGAAAAAACAUGAUCGAGCACUGCUUUUUGAUGAAAAAUUCCAGAAUCCAAUGUGUCUAGUCAAGAUAAUUGCCACUUUGAUUAAGAAUUUAACUGUAAUAAAGAUUAAGAAUUUAACUGUAAUAAAAAUAUUUAUAUCUCUU